AUGUAUGGAAUGCUCUACGAGAGUGUCCAGCACUACGUGCAGGAGGAGUAUGGCGUAGAUGUCUGGAAGAAGGUUUGCCAUAUCAUCGACUGCAAACAUAACAGCUUCAAGACGCACCAGAUCUAUCCGGACAAGCUAAUGCCAGACAUUGCCGCUGCCUUAUCCGCCUGCACCGGCGAGUCCUUCGACUUCUGCAUGAACUUCUUCGGAAAGUGCUUCGUGCGCUUCUUCAGCAACUUUGGCUACGACAAGAUGAUUCGGUCCACCGGGAGAUACUUUUGCGAUUUCCUACAAUCAAUUGACAACAUCCAUCUCAUCAUGCGCUUUACAUAUCCGAAGAUGAAGUCACCCAGCAUGCAGUUGACCAAUAUGGAUGACGACGGAGCUGUGAUCCUCUACAGGAGUAGUCGCACAGGAAUGUCCAAGUAUCUUAUCGGACAGAUGACGGAGGUGGCCAGGGAGUUUUACGGCUUGGGUAUCAAGGCCUACGUGAUCGAGAGUCAGAACGACAUCACCGGAGGCACAGCUGGGCCUAUAAAGCUCGCUGAUGGCCCCCUUACGGUGAUUGUCAAGUAUCGACUGGACUUCGAUAACAGAGAGUACAUGGCCAAGCGAGUCAACACGGAGGCCCAUCCAUCGCAGCUCCGGAUGCCUACAGUCAAUCUAAACGUUUUCCUAGACUUGUUUCCUUUCACGAUUGUGCUGAACCACGACAUGAAGAUCACGCAUGCCGGCGAGAAAAUAGUGGAGACGUGGAUUAUGCACAAUCCUGGCGCCAAUCCCAAGGGGUUCAUCGGCACACAUGUCAUGGACCUUUUCCACUGCCGGAGGCCCAAGGAUACCACCAUUGACUGGGCAACUUUAAUACAGAUGAGGGCAGUCCUCUUUGAGUUCGAGCUUAUUCGGACAGGUCACAACCGUGCCGCCUACGAUGCCGUGCUGAAUAUGGACUUUGAGAAUUAUGACGAGAUGGACUUAAACGAGGCUCAGACAAUGGCCCUGGCUAAGGCUAAAGAGUUCAACGAUGCACAUCCGGUGGACAAGGAUGAAGCCUCGGGAGAGGAUGAGAUUGACCCGGCCACGGGAGAGCGACGAUCUUCCCAAGGCCUUCGCUCGAUCCUUUUGAAGGGACAGAUGUUCUACAUUAAGGACGUGGACUCGCUGAUCUUUCUCUGUAGCCCGCUCAUCGAGAACCUGGAUGAACUGCACGGGAUUGGGUUGUACUUAAACGACCUUAAUCCGCACGGUCUGAGCCGAGAGCUCGUCAUGGCUGGCUGGCAGCACUGCUCUAAGCUGGAGAUAAUGUUUGAAAAGGAGGAGCAGCGAUCAGAUGAGCUGGAGAAGUCCCUGGAACUGGCCGACUCUUGGAAGCGUCAGGGCGAUGAGCUCCUGUACUCCAUGAUUCCCCGACCCAUUGCAGAGCGUAUGCGACAUAGCCAAGAGCAGGUCUGCCAGAGCUUCGAGGAAGUGUCUGUCAUCUUCCUUGAGGUCCUCAAUGUCUACGAUGGAGGUCUGAAUAGCAUCCAGGGAGCCAUGCAGGCCGUGAAUACUCUAAACAAGGUUUUUUCCUCUCUGGAUGAGGAGAUCAUUUCUCCGUUUGUGUACAAGGUGGAGACCGUUGGCAUGGUUUACAUGGCUGUUUCUGGUGCUCCAGACGUAAAUCCUCUUCACGCCGAGCACGCCUGCGAUAUGGCCCUACGCGUGAUGAAGAAGUUCAAAACACAUGACAUGGGCGAAGUGGCCAUUCGGGUGGGAAUCAAUUCUGGACCCGUGGUAGCGGGAGUUGUGGGCCAGAAGGUGCCGCGCUACUGCCUCUUCGGAGACACCGUUAAUACCGCCUCACGGAUGGAGAGUAGCAGCGAUCCCUGGAAGAUCCAGCUGUCCACAUACACGGCCGAGAAGGUGCGCCAGGUGGGCUACAAGGUCGAAUCACGCGGCACAGUCAAGGUCAAGGGCAAGGGAGAAAUGGAAACGUAUUGGCUGCUGGAGGGACCACCGGAGGGCUAAGAUACCAUUCUAAACAGUUUUCAUUA